AUGACAAAAGAAGAAACAGGAUCUGGUCAUGGUUCGGAACCUGGUUCUCUGGACUCUGAGUACGAUGAUGGACUGGCGAUUUCAGAUAUUGAUGUCCCAUCUCCUGUUACCUCCCCUGCGGAACAACGGAAGAAUCUUGAUACAAUUUACAAUUUCAGAUUAAUCCACAAAGAACCUGUAAAAUUCAAAUCACCUCAAAGACGGGUUUUCAACUCCGAUCACGAGAUAUAUUUAGAUAUCGUAGAUUAUGAAAGAAGUGUUACAACUCAUAUUAUAUACCCGAAUUUGUAUACAAUACAGUUGCGAUAUGGAGAGUUCAUGUGGACUGUUAAAAAGCGGUACAGCCAAAUUUAUCAGCUGCACCAGCAACUUAGACUGUUCAGAGCUUCAUUGAAAAUCCCUCUGCCUACUAAAGCACACAGAGAAAGGAGAAGUAGUUUUAAACAAGAAGCUAGCAGAAAUAAACAUUCAAACAAAAAAAUGCCCAGAUUUCCUUCAAAGCCUGAAGCUCUCAUUCCAAUAGAACAGUUGCCGACCAGAAUGCAACAGCUUGAAGAUUAUUUAAGAAGCUUACUGAAGAUAAAAAUUUAUAGGAACCACCAUGAAUUGGCAAAUUUCUUUGAAGUGAGUCAUCUCUCAUUUAUUUAUGAAUUGGGUGACAAAGGUAAAGAAGGAAUGGUGCAAAAAAGGACACAACGAACAGCUUCAGGAAGCAGUGCUUGGAAUAUCUGUGGCUGUUUGAAUCAAAACCUCUGCGUUAGAUGCAAUUUUGUGUGUGCUGAUUUAUGUGGGUCAUGGCGAACAAGAUGGCUAGUUGUUAAAGACAAUUUCAUUGUGUAUACUCAACCAUCAUCAGGAAGAAUAAAAUGUGUUCUUUUAUUUGAUUCCGCUUUUGAAGUAUCCUGCGGAAUAUUUCCAACUAAUGUUCUUCUUAUUACUAAUCUCUCUAGGCAAAUUGUGAUUAAGUGCCCAACUAGGAGAACAGCUCGUGAUUGGCAAAAUUAUAUUAGAGAAAAAUUGAGAAAUGAAGGAGCUGAUUUUUCACAGAGAAGCAGGUACAUGUCCUUUGUUCCUCCGAGAUCAAAUGUCUUCGGCUGUUGGCUCACCGACGGUUGCUCCUACAUGUCUGCAGUAGCUUCAGCUCUGGAACAAGCGAAACAAGAAAUCUACAUCGCUGAUUGGUGGCUGUCUCCAGAGAUACAGUUAAGAAGGCCACCUAAUGGAGAAACCUACAGGCUUGAUAGGAUUCUACAAAAAAAAGCUGAUGAAGGUGUUAAAAUAUUUAUCCUAUUGUACAAAGAAGUGGAAAUGGCUUUGGGAAUUAAUAGUUUUUAUAGCAAACAACGGCUUAUAUCUGAAUGUCGCAAACCAGAGAAUUUGAAGAUCCUUCGUCACCCAGACCAUGCUAAGGCUGGAGUUUUCUUUUGGGCUCAUCAUGAGAAAUUGGUGGUUGUUGAUCAGACAAUAGCUUUCUUGGGUGGAAUUGAUCUUUGCUACGGGAGAUGGGAUGAUCAUCACCAUAGAUUAACUGAUUUAGGAAUUUCACCAGAGGAAAACAUGGCGUCUUUUCUUUCACUAGGAAUGGCAGCUAGCCUUUUUCCAACAUCUGUUACCUCUCUUAACUCAAAUAGUAAUAGAGAAUCGCUUUUUGAGGAUGUCAUGGUUCAACCAUCUCCUGAAAAUAUUAAAUGCGACACUCCUGAAAUGGGAAGAAAGUCAAUGUUUGAUACAAUGAAAUCAAGAAUGCAUCUGUGGAACUUCAGUUCAGAAGAUGAUAGCGAUGAUGAAUAUAAGCCAUCAGUUUCAUCAGAACAGAAUGAAGAUGUUUUUAUAAAUGAGGAAAGUAAACUCAAGUCCAACAUCUCUUCUUAUGGUAUUAAGUCAAGCCUUGAUGUAAGUUGUUUUGAUAAACUUUGGAUUGGAAAAGAUUACACUAAUUUUAUUUUGAAAGACUUCCAGAAUCUUGACAGGCCUUUUGAAGAUCUAGUUGACAGAAGUAAAACUCCUCGGAUGCCAUGGCACGAUGUUGGAGUCAUGGUUCAAGGACCUCCAGCGAGGGACUUAGCUCGCCAUUUCAUUCAGAGGUGGAAUGCAGUCAAGGCAGAAAAAUCAAAGCUAAAUCCACAAUAUCCUUAUCUUCUUCCGAAAUCCUACAGGAAUUUCACAGAGUUCAUCAUCCCUGGUCUCAAACAAAACAGAAUCAAUUGCCAGGUUGUGCGAUCCAUUUCGCACUGGUCUUGUGGGGCGCUCGAUCCCGAAUUUUGGGAAGGUAGCAUCCAUGAGGCUUACGUUGAUGUUAUUAGCAAAGCUGAACACUACAUUUAUAUUGAAAAUCAGUUCUUUAUAACUGGAGGCCAGGUUAAGAAUCAAGUUGGAGAUGCUCUUGUCAGGCGAAUAAUUAGGGCUCAUAGAGAAGGUACUCAAUUCAGAGUUUAUGUUAUUCUUCCUCUUUUACCUGGAUUUGAGGGAGAAGUUGGAAGUCCUAGUGGUACUGCACUCCACGCUAUUACACAUUGGAAUUAUGCAUCUAUUUGCCGUGGCAAGUCUUCAUUAUUGAGUCGGUUGAAAAGUUCUGGUAUUGCCGAUCCUUCUGAAUACAUUACCUUUCAUGGUCUCCGUAAUCAUGCAGAAUUGAAUGAUAAACUGGUGACUGAACUGAUAUAUGUACAUUCCAAGCUGCUGAUUGCCGACGACAAAAUAAUGAUUUGUGGCUCUGCCAAUAUUAAUGAUAGGUCUUUACUGGGCGUUCGGGAUUCUGAACUAGCUGUUGUCAUUACGGAUGAAGAUUUCAAACCUGGAAUUAUGGCUGGGAAGGAAUACAUGAGCGGUCGAUUUUGUGGCUCUCUUAGAAGAUCACUUUUCCGAGAACACUUAGAUCUUUCCGGUCCUAAAAUCAAAGAUCCUGUGUGUUCUGAGUUCUAUCACGGUAUUUGGAGGAAGACUGCGGAGAAAAACACAAAAAUUUAUGAGGAGGUUUUUCGAUGUUUGCCAUCAGAUGAAGUAAAAUGUUUUGAUGAUAUCAAAAGCCAUUUCAGAGUUCCUCUAACAAAUACCAAUCUUAGCGCAGCAAAGGAACUUCUUCGAAAAAUCCAAGGCUACCUGGUCAUGUUCCCUUUGGAAUUCCUCAAAGAUGAAUCGCUUACUCCGAAUCCAGGUCGAGUUGAAGUACUUCUUCCAACUUCCGUUUGGACAUGA